CUCACAUCAUCAACGACAACCCCCCCGUCAUGUCGCGAAUCGCGCCGCAGGGGGUCAGCUGGACGGCCGGUAGUGAGGUGACUACUCAUGCAUCAAUGUCGGAGUUCAUCAUGGACGUCAUCAUGUGGACCCCAGUGGCGAAUCGGGGUCAAACUCCUUGGGCUGGGGUGGACCGGUGUGCAUGACACCAUACACACCCAGACACACAGAUCCAUGCGAACAGGUAUCUGCUCUUUGUGUGGUUCUUUAGGCAUGCUCAUGGCGGUAUGCUGGACGGCCUCCUAAACCACUCGCCCCACCAGCCGCCCAACGGAUGCACCGCCGUCGUGGCGGGCAGGGUGGACGAUCACGAUCCCCCUCUCGAGUGUCGGAUUCUGCUGCUGACGUCGUUCGACAUGCAAUUCGUCGCCUAUGUCGCUCUCGGCCGCCGUGUCGACACGAACAUAGGUGAGGAAGAAGCAGGUCCUCUGUGCUGAUUGAGCCACUCUUUCGGCAUGUGCUGUGUCGCUGCAUGCAGUGGUUCUGCGUGUUUUCACCACGGAGCCGCCAGUAGGUGGUGCGUCGGAUGCCUUCAAGGACCGCCGGCCGACUACCGCCCCUCUGGUGCGCGGCAUGCUGAGCAACAGCAUCGCAGACAUGGCGCUCAGCAAACAGGAAGAGGAGGCAGACGAUGAGGGUCGGUGAGCACGUCGGUGAGCAGCCGGCCAUCGCGUCUCUGUGUGUCGGGUGAAUCGAGAUGUGUGUGUGUGUGUGUGUGUUGUGCAGAGGACGGCGCGGACGGUGAUGGUGACGAUGACGGUGUUAGCGAUGAGGGUGAGAGGUGGGGAUACGUGUGGGGAUGUGUGUGUAUGUCGUUGGGCUCAUUCGUAUGUCUGCGUGAUGUGUGUGUAUCUGUACAGAUCUGGAUGGCAAUGGCGAUGUCGAUCGCGACGAUGACCAACAGCAGGAGAAGGAGGAGGAAGACGGUGAGAUGGGCGGAGGAAAAGAGCCAGAUCAGCAUGACACUCACGCAAUCACUGUGUGUCUUAUGGAUGGAUGGACAUGAAUGCGUCAGAUGAGGGUGUGGAGGAGAGGGAGGCUAAGAGAAGGAGGACCGCAGGAUGAUCGAGGGGACACACGCGCCGUCGGGGUGUCGUGUGGGAGGUGCACUGAUUGAGGAUGGACAGGAGGAGAAGAGCAGUCGUAUGGACAGACAGCCAGCAGCCCCCUGUGACGCAUCCAUGCAGUUUUGACACACAUCGUACGAUGGCAUUGAUGUGUCCACGUGUGUGACGAACCUUUUUUGUGUGUGCAUACGGUUUGAUUGGUGCAUGGUGGAACGGCUUUCCGUUUUGGUUUCUGUGUCCACAUCAGAUCGGUGUGAAUGACUGGACGGGUUCAGACAGCCAUUGACCUGAUCCAUGGGUGGACAGCAUACAUCAAUCACGUGUGUGCGUA